AUGAACCAAUUUCGCCAACCAGGACAAAACGAAAUGCUCUCCAAAGCGGAAGACAUCGCUGAUGAUCUCUACCGCAAGACUCGGACAUACCUUCCGCAUAUUGCUCGUCUUUUCCUACUUUCGACGUUUUUAGAAGAUGGCAUUCGCAUGUAUUUCCAAUGGGAUGAUCAGAGACAGUUUAUGCAGGAGUCGUGGUCGUGUGGAUGGUUCUUGGCAACAUUGUUCGUCAUCUACAACUUCUUCGGGCAAUUCCUUCCGGUUGUCAUGAUCAUGGUCCGCAAGAAGGUUGUCAUCGCCAUCGCUGUCCUCGGAUCCAUCGUUUUCCUUCAAACCGUUGCUUACCAUAUUCUCUGGGAUUUGAAGUUCUUGGCUAGAAAUAUCGCAGUCGGUGGUGGGCUCGUCCUCCUUCUUGCCGAGACCCAGGAAGAGAAGAGCUCGUUGUUUGCUGGAGUUCCAACCAUGGGCGACACCAAUAAACCAAAAUCGUACAUGCUUCUCGCCGGACGCAUUCUUCUCAUCUUCAUGUUCAUGUCGUUGAUGCACUUCGAAAUGACUUUCAUGCAGGUUGUCGAGAUUGUCGUUGGAUUCGCGCUCAUCACUCUCGUCUCGAUUGGAUACAAGACCAAGCUCUCCGCGAUGCUCCUUGUCGUUUGGCUCUUUGGGCUUAACAUGUGGCUUAAUGCUUGGUGGUCCGUCCCAGCCGAUCGCUUCUACAGAGAUUUCAUGAAAUACGAUUUCUUCCAAACCAUGUCGGUCAUCGGGGGACUACUUCUUGUUAUUGCUUAUGGACCUGGAGGCGUUUCGGUUGACGACUACAAGAAGAGAUGGUAG